GUAUAGAAAAACCAAACUAAUUCUCCAACGUCCUUUACAAUUUCAACCAAAAAAGAAAAAGAAAAAGAAAACACCUCUCUUCUUCAUCUUCUCCGGCCGGUGGCCGCCGUUUCCCUCUCUCUCUAACUUUCUCUCUCUAGGUCCUAUACUUUCGAAGUUCUUCUUCUGAAUCGUUUCCUCGGUGUAAAAGACUACUGCAUUUCAUUAUCUUCUUCAGUAAUCACCAAUGGCGGAUCAACUGACCGAUGAUCAGAUCUCUGAGUUCAAGGAGGCCUUCAGCUUGUUUGACAAGGACGGCGACGGUUGUAUCACAACCAAGGAGCUUGGUACUGUUAUGAGGUCGCUAGGUCAGAAUCCAACCGAGGCGGAGCUUCAGGACAUGAUCAAUGAGGUGGAUGCUGAUGGUAACGGAACAAUCGACUUCCCAGAGUUCUUAAACCUCAUGGCUAGGAAGAUGAAGGAUACGGACUCAGAGGAAGAGUUGAAAGAGGCAUUCCGUGUGUUCGAUAAGGAUCAGAAUGGCUUCAUCUCCGCUGCUGAGCUCCGCCAUGUGAUGACGAAUCUAGGCGAGAAACUGACCGAAGAGGAAGUGGAUGAGAUGAUCAGAGAAGCCGAUGUGGAUGGCGAUGGCCAGAUUAACUACGACGAAUUUGUCAAGGUCAUGAUGGCCAAGUGAGCGUCAUCAUAUCCUUCCUUCUACUAUCACCAAGAACUAAAUGAUAAUAAUCUUAAUCAAAAAAAAUGAAAAAGGGGGAUGAUUGUUGACUUCAUUAUAAUUGGAUCUUCUCUUGGUUUGGUCUUUGAUUCUCAUCAUCAUCCAUCAAUCUUGAGUUUAAAUCAAAAUCCAUGUUAGGAAUUAGUGGUUUGUUUUCUGUUUGUGACGUUUUGAGUUUGAAUAUGUAUCAUCAUCAUCAUCAUCAUCAAUCAUGUGACAAAGAAAAAGUGUUUUUGCUGUUCCUCUU